UGUGCGACCUUCUUCAGAUCGACGAGAACGACUCACCGACGAUCACGCAGUUUCUUCCAGACAAAGAAUAAUUAUAGUUGAAUUACCGUUCUGAAUAUUUAAGGAAGAUUUCCGGAUCAGAGUGCAAAAUCUUUAUAAACUCUCAAGAUGUCCACGAACCAAUUGAACGUGCUUGUGAACUUGAUGAUCGCCAUCGCGUUUUUUGUGUCGGAAUCAAGAGACGCACAAACGAACGGCUACCUCAACCAAGAGCCCGCGAUCUUGCCCCAGAAAUAUUGUGGCGAAAUGCUCUUAAAUAUUCUACGUAUAGUCUGUAAUGGCACAUACAAUUCCAUGUAUGAUAACAGUACGGAUCAAGAAAAGACGAUGGCCAAUUAUCAGUUUGAUUCCGACUCUUCCCCGUCCCCAGUAACAGCACAGGAGACGUCGAAUGGAACGUUCGAUGAUAGGAAUAAUCGACGAAAACCGGAAGACAUCUAUGAGGAAUGCUGUCGCAAUUCGUGCACGUUAAGCGACCUGUCCAUGUAUUGCGCUUAACUGUAGUCCUUAAGCACUUGUCCGGAAAUCAGUAAUUCUUCGGACUCCGCUUUACCACUCGAUCAUCAUGCAGCCGAAUCAUAAGCCCAGCCAUAUGUGCAUAUAUCCAUAUACUCAUACACACAUACACACAUCACACACACACACACACACACCACACACACACACACCACACACACACACACACACACACACACACACACACACACAUACAUUACAUAUGUACAAUAUACGUUUGGAAAGUUUACUAGUUGCAUCAUGACUCAUGCUGGGGACUAAUUUCAUAAUAACGUUAUAAUUAUGUAUUAUAUUUACGUAAUUUUUUGCGAAGAAACUAAUUCUCUUGACGUAUGAUCGUAUGCGUGAUUCUUUUGUUCGCGAUCUCCUUUCGAAAGACGAAAAGGCAGCGAAGAGAAGGCAAAACUUAAGAAAAUGAAAGAAAUGUAAUCUUAAAAAAAUGAGAUAUAAAAACAUCAGAAUUCUUAUGCUCUUUAAAUUAA